AUGAAGGCCCGGGCCCUGCGGCGGAGGGAGGGCGGGCUGCCCGCCGGCCCCGCCAGCGGCUGCCGCAGCGACCCCAUCCUCACCCCCGACCUGGCGGAGCGCAGGCAAAGGCCUCGGAAACCCGUCCCGGCCGGAGGGCGGCAGAGACCGGCCCAGGGGCCUGCGGGGGCCGCCCGGCAGGAAACAGUAUGUACUUCACUUUUCCUGCCUCCACAUGAAAAUGUUUUCUGUCCCCAAAUUAAAAGAUUUGUUAAUUAUUAUUUUCCAGACUUAUUUGGCACUCGGGUCCCUGAAAACCCAACCAUGAAAGCACUGUCCAUGGACCCUCUGGUGUUGGAGUCCCCUCAGAAGUUCUUCCUGCGCAUGAAGCAGAAAUUGCAGCAGCAGAAAUUGCAGCAGCAGAAGCAACAAGGUCCAACACUUUCCAACCCAGUCAGGCAGAACAUUCCUCCUUCCUCAACUACAGAAGUGCCAUUAGUCAAACCUGCUUUUGCUGAGCAGCUCAGGAAUGAUCAUCUGGAGUGUGUGGACACUGAUAAGGGUGAUGAAGAUAAUUUCCUUGUGGAAUCAAUGGAUGCUGAUGAUGAAAUGUCUGUGAAUACAGUGACUAGUUCUGUAAUCUCUGCCCCUUUUAAAAAUGGGGAUCAGUUACAAGAAAGGUGGGGAAAUGGAAAAGCAAAACAUACGGAACUUCAUCAAGACAGAAGAGAGUUACAGCCAAGUAAUAAGCAAGCUGCUCAUGAAGCAGGAAAGAUACUGGAGAACAAUUCUGAAGAGCUCUCCCAGUGCUUUCUUGAUAUUCUGCUCUCUCCUCCCAGAGUCCACAUUCCAAGGAAAGAAAAGCCAAAAGAAGGCUGUAAGGUCCCUUUGGAUAAAUGUCCUACAGAUCAAGGUGUUGGCAAAGCAGACAAAGAGAAAAAUGUCUGCCUAACCAGCUGGAGAAUUAAAGUGAUGGAUGGCAACACAGCAAUAUAUGUUGAAGGAAAACGGAAGGAUAUGAAGAACCUGCCCUGGCGCAGUAACGCCGUCACGGAGCGCAUCGCCCACAACCAGGUGAAAACAUCAUCUGGCAACAUCUACCUGCUGGAGGGAAACAUGGAUGAAACUUCCAUGAGUAAAGAAGGAUUUCCCUAUCGUUUCAUCAGAAGAUUCAAAUACGGGUUUUCCAGAAAGUGGAAGGAAUAUGUUGAGGAGUUUCUUCUGGAAAGAAGAAGGAAAGAACGCAAACAGAGCACCAGUGAGGCUGAAAAUGAAGACAGUGACUCGGUGGGUACGGAUGUGUUGGAAAAUGCAAAAGGCUCAGCAAGAGAUGUAAAGAAACCUGAAACCAGGAACACCACCUAUGAAGUGUUACCCAAGAAUGGUGAAAAUGCUUCUGUGACACCACCCGCACGGGACAGUUCUGUGCUGAGCGACGGAGUUUACACGCGCAGCGGGCGCCGCGUUCAGCCGCCGCUGAAUUUCUGGUGUGGGCAACGAGAGUUUGUGGAUCAGGAACUCAAUGUUACUGUCCAACAGGGCGGGAUCGACUACUUGAGCAUGGUAAGAGGCUUUUGCAAAUUGCUGCUGAAAGGUGCUGAAGUGGCUUUGGCUGCCUGCGUGGGCGUGAACACCCGAGUUCAUGACAAGAGCCUGGCGUCAGUAGGCUUGGUAUGUAAUCUCUUGCAGAAGUUUAGAUUAAACUGUUUUAUUUUGAAGAUGUUCAGUAACACAAAACCCAAAAGAAACACCAGAUCUACCUAUAAGAAGAAUACAGGAAAGAAGGAAACGAAGACAACAGAAGAAACAUCAAAAAGCCAAAGUAAAGGGAAAAACCACAAGAAAGAAGUAAGUUCCGUAAGAGAGACCAAGUCUGCUGGAAGCAAGGAGGCCAGGCGCUUCGUUUCAGAUGAUGAGGAGGGUGAUGGUGCAAUCACUAGAACAAGAGCUAAAGCACAGCUUUCUGUCAGGCUGACUCCCCUGAGUACUGCAGCACUAAACAAACAUCACUCCAAUAGCAGAACCUCAGCAGUGACAAAGGAAAAAGGAGGAACAGAAUAUCGAGAACUGACUGUGUCUCGGGAGACUUUCAGGUACUCUUUAAGGUCAGCCAAACCACUUCAAGACAAACAUUUAACAGAAGAAUCAUCAAGCAAAGAUGAGGAAGAAGAAUCCAGUGAAGAUAUGCCACUGUUUAUCAAAAGGAAGAAUAAACCUCUAUUAAAGCACGAGGUGCAAAACUCUAAAUCUUCCUCUAACUGUAAAAGUUCCCAGCAUGAUGCAAACAAGGUGCCACGUGAAAAAAGGGCAGUAGAACACUCUGCUGCCUCCCUUAAUGGGCCCUUGAGGCAAAGUGUGUCCACAUCCACUGAUGGUUCUGAUUUAUUUGAAGGAAAAACAACUAAUGAGUCUAGUAAUUCCCAUCUGCCUGAUAAGAGGACAAGAAGAAGAACCAACCCACAGACUUACUUGCUUUCAUCUGACACUGAGUCUGAAACCAGUGAAGAGGAAUUUCAAGUAAAAGAACGAAACAGAAACGUAUCUGACAAAAAAACAAACUGUAAAGUUUCUAAUACUGCCAAGUCUUCAGCAGGAAAAUCAAGAGAACCUGAGAGAGAAAAGGUGCAGAAAUCUCUAGAACUUUUUCCAAGGGCAACAGAUGGUUGGUCUGAAAAGGAGUUACAGAAGCUCUACAGGGCCGUCGCCUCCUUCCCCAAGCACCGCGGCGGCUUCUGGCUGGAGGUGGCCAUGGCCGUGGGGUCCCGCUCUGCUGAGGAGUGCCAGCAGAAGUAUGUGGAAGAACAACAGGCAAAAGGUGGAAUAAAGCAGGCCAAGAGGACAGCCACUUCAGGAAAACCAGGAAAGAAAGAUAAGAAUGAGCCAGUUACGAUAAAUGCCAAAGUGGGAACCUUCAAAAGAAAGCAGCAGAUGAGAGAUUUCCUGGACCAUUUGCCAAAGGACAACCACGAUGAUAUUUUCACCGCGACGCCCUUUCAGAACAGAAGAGUAAAGUUGCCAACGUUGCGGGGAAGCCGAGAUGAUGAUGAUGACUUUGCACUUACGGAUCACCCCCUCACCCCCUCCUCAGCUGUCUUCCCAACGGUGAAAACUCCUCAGUGUGGGCAUAUCAGCCCUGGGAUGCUGGUACCCAUCAACAGGAACGACUGCGACAGGCACGUGUUCAGGAUGCAGAACACACGGGGCAGCAAAGGCACCUGGGACAACAUCAAGAAGUCGGCUGCAGGGGUGCUCGGGACACCAGCGUCACACAGAACCAAGUUCAGUUGUGAGACAAAAGGGCCUCGGAGCCCCGGGGUGGGGAAGCUCUUCGCAGUGGAGGCAGCGGAUUCAUCAGAGGAAGAACAGGCUGAUUCCUACUGCUCCCUUUGAUGAACUCUGGGCACCUAUCAACUCCUCAUUUCUGCUGGUGUGAAGUGGGGGGCUUGGCUGCCCCGGCAGCUGCUGUUCUGUGCUGUCAGGAGGUGUGACCUGUGCUGACCUGCCAUGUUUUUAUAUCUUUUAUCCCUGUUCUCAUCUUGCUGCCUGUCCAGUGUUUGUCAUUUUUCCAUGUGUACCAAGUGGCACUUUUGCUGGCUUCUCCCUCCUGCUGCCCUGUUUCUCCUGGGAGGGGGGGAAACAUGCUCAGAUAACAAUUGCUGGAAAAUUCUGAUUCAUUUUAAGGUAACAUCUUUCUGAAGCAUGGCUGUACAAUAAAUGUAUAGCGGUAGAGU